AUGUAAUUUAAAUAUAUAUUAUUAUCAAUACUAUUGGCGAUUAGCUGCUGUAUUAAUACAGAUUAUGAUUGCAUUUCAAAUAGACAUUGUUCGAAUGUUAUGCAGCAAAUACUUUUAAACGUAAUUUAUUUUUGAAUAUUACAGGAAGGGGAGAGUCAAGUAGUUUUGUUCUAUUGUAUGAGAAAUUCAAGAAUUUCUUUAUAAUUAUUGAAUGUCAGAUAAUUUAUAGAAUGUUUAAGAGGAAAGCAAACCGAAUAAAUUCAACCUUUGAUUAGAUGUGCAGAUGAGAACUGCUUAUGAUUUGUAUUUAUUGAGAAUAUUGAGAUUGU